AGAAGAAAAUUAUAAACAAUGUUUUCGAAAUUUGAAAAAAAAAAAUGACAAGCCUGACGUUACUUGUAUCGAAUUUUGUCUUGUUUACCAGCAACGAUACCUUCACUCUGUAAACAAGCGAACAGAAAGAUGUAAAUCCCGGAGUAAGGAGACUCGCAUAAGUGUCUCAUAUUUUUGUCGAAUAAUUUUGUAAUUUAAUGGUUGCUGGAUAUGUGUCCCUAUUGUAUAGUGUCGGCGAGAAACCGCUAGAAUAUUGGAGUAAGCAACACUCGCAGUCCGGACGUAUUCGCAAAAUUCUAGAUGCGGAUUUGCUGGAAAAUGUUAUCGAAAUACAGGAUUUCGAGCAAUCUAAUGGUUACGGCACCUCGAUUCUUUGUCCAUCCGAUUCGUCGCAGUUUCUCGAUAUCGAAUUACCGAUUCUAGUCGUGGUCAUAAAGAAUUUGAAUUUAAAAUGCCGUUUGCAAGUACAGGUGGUGGAUGCUCAAAAUUGUUUGCAUCAUUUUCAAUUCACGAACGCGGAGAACGAAAAGCACAACUCCAAGGGAUUAAUAUGUCGCGUGAAAGUAAAAUUAGAAAAUGGCUGGAACAAGUUGGAAUUGAACCUAUCGCAUCUUACGCAAACUGCGUUCAAGACUGUGUACGCGGCUACGCAGAGGUUACAAAUAUGUGGAAACUGUCGUCUGCGUAGGAUCUAUUUCAUAGACAAGCACUAUGAUAACCAGACUGUUUGUCCCAAAUUGUAUAAUGCAUUUCUUGACACCUACAUGUUGAAGUGGGGUAUCUUCGCUAUUAAUAAAACGACGCAAACUAACAUUAAACGGAACAAGACCAAAAUUAGAGAUAAUAAUAAUUUGAGGUGUCUCGCGAAACAUUUUAGCGGCGAUAAUAUUAAAGUGGAGAACGUUACGAAAGAUUCUGGUCACAAAACAAUCGAUGAGAAUUUUCUGAGAAGUUUGCAGAUCAAAACCGAUAUGCUCAUCAACGACUUUUUCGAUAGACAAACGACAAAGCUGCCACACGCCUUGGAAUUUAAACAGCAAGCAAAAUUAAAGCGCUACGCGUUUCCGAUAUUGACCGCGAGCCCUAAACCUUUCCACUCCAAUAUUAUUUCGCAAGAUGUUCUGAAGAAGAUCAGUGUUCUUCGAACGUUUACCGACACGUACAUAUCGAGCGAAGAGAAACGUAAACAAGAGAAGACCGUAAAGGAUAUACAGGAUAAUUGGCAAUGCAGGUAUCUCCUCGAUAAAGAGGAGUCGAAUAGUGGUGAUUCAUCCAAGCAGAGUACAACUAGAACGAUGCUGAAAUGUAAACCCAAGUCAUUACUGGUAUUAUCUAUGAUGAAACCAAACAGUGGAGAAGAAAAGAUCGUAGGGACUCCAAAGAUUUCUCCUGCAGAAGAAAGUACCAAGUAUAACGAAAACGAUACAGCCAAAAAUUGAUUCUCAAAUCGUUUGUUUGAAUGUUAAAAAUUAAUUUGUAAAAAUACCAUGUCUUAUGCCACGUUUAAAUUAAAUGGGUGCAUA